GCUAGGUGCUGGGCGGGAGGAGGGGAGACAGGAAGGGGGGACAAUACAGAACAGAAGGAUCCCCCCAGCCCGUGGUGGGGCUGGCUCUUUUUCAUUGUAGCUGCAAAAAAAUCAGGGUGCCUCCAUUGUGAGCCGGGAAGCCGGGCUGCGCCGGGGAGGUGUGAUCUUGCCAGCCAGGGACUUUCUCAUUGUUGCAAUUGGUCGCCCUGGCGUCCUAGAGCAGCCCCGGGCUCUGCCGACACCAGCUCCCGAGCCGGAGCCUGCAGGGGCUAGUGGCCUUCGAGGUCUGUGUAUCUCACCAUGGAUCAGUGGGCUGCUGUGGAUCCUGAUCAGAAACCUUUGUGCAGGGGUGGCAUACAGGAGAAUGAUGAUCCCCUGAUGAUUCUGAGGCCUGACUCCUGUGCAGAUUCUCUCCCUACCCCAGCCGGGGACAGGGCAGCAAGUGAGACUGAGGAGGAGAAUGCCGGGGAGGAAGGCCCCGAGAUCGUGGAAUUGGAUCCAGCAUUGCUGGGCAGGCUGGAGGGGGCUGAGGCCAGGAGCCCGGAGGAGCAGGGUCCAGACUGUGAGAGCCUGCGCUGGACGGUGGUGCAGCAGAUCGACUCCCCCGGGAAGCCGGCGCAGCGGCGGGGCGGCGGGGGCAAGUCAGCUGGCGCCAGCUUCCAGAACUUCAAGAGCAUCAUCGUGCUGCAGAAGAGCUACGAGUGUGGCGAGUGUGGCAAGACCUUCAGCUGCAGCUCGCACUUCAGCAAGCACCGGCGCACCCACACUGGCGAGAAACCCUUCCGCUGCCUGCACUGCGGGAAGAGCUUCAAUGUCAGCUCCAACCUCUACCGCCACCAGCGGGCCCAUGCCGCCGAGCGGGCCUGCCCAUGCCCCGAGAGCUCCCCACCACCGGUGCCAGCGAGUGCCCCUAACCCUGCCACUCCUCGGCCCCGGGGGCUGCCCUACAAGUGCGAGGAGUGCGGCAAGAGUUUCCGGCGCAACACGGAACUGGUGACCCACCAGCGGCUGCACACGGGGCGCCUGCCCUUCCAGUGCACCCACUGUGGGAAGAGCUUUUCCUGGAGCUCCCACUUCGACCGGCACAAGCGCAUCCACACCGGCGAGAAGCCCUACCAGUGCCCUGAGUGCGGGAAGUGCUUCAGCCGCAGCUCCCACCUCUACCGGCACCAGCGCACCCACGCUGGGGGCCGCUCCUAUAUCUGCACCUACUGUGGACGCAGCUUCAACAGCACCCUGCACUUCGACCGGCACCAGCGCACCCACACCGGCCUGCGCCCCUACAAAUGCACCCUGUGUGGCAAGGGCUUUGGCGAUGGGCUGGCCCUGGUCAAGCACCAGCGCCUGCAUCUAGGGGAUGGGCCCUUCCACUGCGAGGAGUGCGGCAAGAGCUUCGGGGCGAGGGCGCAGUAUGCCCGGCACCGGCGCAGCCUGCACGGUGCCGCCGCUGCCAACACCGGCGGCGAGAAGCCCUACCGCUGUGGCGACUGUGGCAAGAGCUUCUCCUGGAGCUCCCACUGGGAACGACACCAGCGUAUCCACACUGGGGAGCGCCCCUACCAGUGCGGCGACUGCGGCAAGCGCUUUGGCCGCACCUCCCACCUCUACCGGCACCAGCGCACCCAUGCCGGCGGCCAGCCCCACAUCUGCACCGACUGCGGCAAGAGCUUCAACAGCACCCUGCACUUCCACAAGCACCGGCGGGCCCACGCAGGUGAAGCCCCCUGCCAUGCCUGCCCCGACUGCGGAAAGGCCUUCGCUGACGGCUCCGCUCUGGCCAAGCACCGGCGCACCCACACCGGAGAGCGGCCCUUCCCUUGCCCCCAGUGUGGACGGCGCUUCAGCGUCAGCUCUCACCUGUACCGCCACCUGAGGAGCCACACCGAGGAGAAGCCGCUGGAGGAGAUCACAUCCUACUAGAGAUCAACUCCUCUUCCCCCUUUACCUGGGAGAGGAACCCCCCCAUGCUGGAGGUUUAGCUCACCUGGACCUGGCUGCCCCUCUCUGGGCAUGGGAGUGAACCCCAUGCACUGCCAGCCAGAGCAUUAGUGGGGCUUACCUCACAGGGAUCUGACCAUGGGGAUCGCCGACCUGCAGGGGUAGCUGAGACCUCUAGGAGAGCAGCGGGCAACCCCGUUGUGGGCACUCUGGGGCCACAGGGACAGGUGUAGUGUAAGGUCCCAGUCUGGAGCCCCUUGAAGGGCUCCAUGUCACUGGGGGUCUGGAUCAGCCCUGAGGAUAUAGGUAGAUAAGGUAGAUUAGGUAGGUAGGAUAGGUAGGAGGUAGAGCAGAGUGGUGGCUGUACUAGGGGGCUGGGCAGGGUGGAAAUAAGAGAGGGAGAAUGUUAAAUGGUGUGUGAUUGAGGGCGGAUUACCCUCUCGCUCACUCCAGUGUAAAUCAGGAGUAUACUCACCGGAGUCAUGGGGGCUGAUUCCCCUCUCAUUCACCCUGGUGUAAAUCAGGAAUAACCCCACUGGAGUCACUGGGGCCAAUUCCCCUCUCGCUCACCCCCGCGUAAACCAGGAGUAACCCCACUGCGGUUAGUGCAGUUACAGGAGUGUGGAGGCAAGGGCGAAUGGGUGAUCGGAGCUGGGGCGGGAGGCAGUAUCUGGGGAUCGGGUGGGAGGCAGUAACUGGGGAUCAGGCAGGUGGGGCAGGAGGUGGCGAGGAAGAUGGGAACCAGACUGGGAGGGGAAAUGAAGUGUUUGGGGAUUGGAGUGUCUGUGUGGUGGGAGCAAGAGAGGGAUGUGGGUGAUGGAGGACUGGCAUGUCUGUGGACUGGGCUGGUGGGGCAGAUAUGGCACUGCUAGGGGUCUCCAGACUGAGGAGGAUGGGACCAAGUUUACUGCCACUCCUUCUCUGGGUUUCCAUGCCCUAUCCCUGCCUCCUGAUCAGACAGGACCCAGGAGGAGAAGAAACUCUGCCACACGGAACCCCCCGCAAGCCAUCCCAUCCAGGAGGGGAAAUGCAGGGGACUCAGCAUGGAGAGAGCCUGGGAAGUGGAGAGAGCUUGGUGUGUAAUGCACCUGACUCCAGCAGGAAUGAGAGACAGAAAACCUUAGGGUAGAGUGUGAUUAACUUGUGGAGUUCACAGCUGCAGGAGAUGACUGGGGCAAACACCUCAGCAAAGCCCUCUACCAGCUCCAUGGAGCAGUCUGGGGCUGUUGACUUCCAAACGACUUCCUGCGUGUGUGAAAAUCUCCCUUAGACACACGCCCUGCCAGUCCCGAUCCUAAUUCAGAGCAUGAGGGACAAGAACCUGCUCUCCACUGUUCUAGGGAUAUGGAGGGGGUGAGUUUCUGUAAAGGAAGAAAGCUAGUCACUCCUGAAAUUAGCUAUCCAAGCUGGGGCUCAGAAGGUCGUGAGCUUCAUCAGCUGCACUUUUUGGAAGGAUCUGUGAGGUAUUUACAUACCAGGAAAUCUGUUGUUGUUAGAGGUCAGAUUCUUUGUUGGUGUCAAUGGACAUCCAGGGAUUUCUGCCCAUUUAUGCCCAGUGAUAAAUUAGUCCUUUCUCUACAGUAGACUUCGGCCUUGUCUAUGCAUCAAAGUUGAGUUGCUUUUUAACUCGAUGGGUACAGUUAAAGAAGUGUAACCCUCACCCCCUUUAGUAUGAAUGUUAUCAAAAUCAUCACAGCAAAUCCCAAAGGGGUGUAACCUCCCUGCAGAUUGAGCGCCACCCGAAUCAAUUUGUAGCUAGAUCCUCAGUAUGGUCUUGCUGGAUGGUCAGUCUAUGUCCGUCACUGGUGAGCUUAUCAAAGUCUUUGACAACCACGUGAUCGCUAGCUGUGUAGCAGUGUCCCUUGGUAACCGCACUUCGUAAUUCAUUAUUACUCCUGAGGGCAUUCUGCGCCAAAAAAAUUAAAAUUCUGAAAAUUUUAUUUGUCAAAUAAAUGUGGAGGCUCCAGCAUGGCAUUAGGGAGCAUUGGCCACUGGCUGUACGGAGGUGGGAGAUCACUGUGCAGCUCCCUCCCGGGACACAGACUCAGCGGUGAGGCGUCACCCAAUCCUGACAUAGUGCAAGGACAGGGCCUGCCCCAGAAACACCCCAUGGCCCUGCCCCUCCGUGCCAGAUGCACCAGGUAGGCUAAGCAAGGCAGGAUCUUAGUGUGGGGGGAAUGCAGUUAUGGGUUGAGAGGGUUCUGUGGGGCAAUCUGGGUGUGGACGGCUCAGUGGGAGAUCCAGGUGUGGAGGUGAUUUGGAUGCACAGGGGCUUGCUGGGGGGUUCUUGGUGCAGUGGGAAUGGGACUUUGACAGGGGAUCCAGGUGAAGGUGGU